UAUGGUCAAACAGUAGUCACUCGUCUUCGGGAUUGAAUGGUCAACGGUUUGGAGAAUGGUCGAAUGAGAGAUAAUUGUUUAAGAGUUGUUAAAGAUACUUAUAAAAAGAACUACUUUUAAGAGUUAUAAAGUGCAUAUAAUCAUGGUUCGAAAAGCGAAAGAUUUUACGCAAAGCAAAGAGGAACGUAUGGUUAUCACGAUUGGAGAAAUCAUACAAGAAUUAUUGAAAGCUCAUCAAGAUAAUAGAGAUGUCGAUUUGAAUAAAUUAAAAACACGUAUAUCUUCAAAGUAUGGAUUGGAUAGAUCUCCUAGACUGGUCGACAUAAUAGCUGCUGUGCCAGCAGAUGCGAGAAACAUUUUAGUGCCAAAAUUAAAAGCCAAGCCUAUUAGGACAGCUAGUGGGAUAGCAGUAGUAGCCGUUAUGUGCAAACCACACAGAUGUCCCCAUAUCAAUAUGACGGGAAACAUUUGCGUAUAUUGUCCAGGAGGUCCAGAUUCUGAUUUUGAGUAUUCUACGCAAUCGUAUACAGGUUACGAACCUACAUCUAUGAGAGCUAUACGCGCGAGAUACAAUCCAUUUUUACAAACAAGACAUCGUGUUGAACAAUUGAAACAAUUAGGACACAGUGUAGAUAAAGUCGAAUUUAUCGUGAUGGGUGGAACGUUUAUGUCCUUGCCAGAGGAUUAUAGAGAUUAUUUUAUACGGAAUUUACACGAUGCUUUAUCCGGCCACGUGAGCAAUAACGUGGAUGAAUCGGUCAAGUAUUCGGAACGGAGUCGUACAAAAUGCAUCGGUAUAACCAUCGAAACACGACCGGAUUAUUGUUUGAAAAAGCAUUUGUCGGAUAUGCUGCGCUAUGGGUGCACGCGUCUUGAGAUCGGCGUACAAUCUGUCUACGAGGAUGUUGCACGAGAUACGAACAGAGGACAUACCGUCCGUGCAGUAUGCGAAAGUUUCCAAUUAUCAAAAGAUGCAGGUUUCAAAGUCAUAGCGCACAUGAUGCCAGAUUUACCGAAUGUUGAUAUCGAAAGAGACGUGGAACAAUUCAUCGAAUUCUUUGAAAAUCCUGCUUUUCGAGCGGACGGCUUAAAGAUUUAUCCAACGUUAGUAAUACGUGGUACUGGAUUGUACGAAUUAUGGAAAACUGGUAGAUACAAGAGUUAUGCACCGAGCGUUUUGAUUGACUUAAUAGCACGGAUUCUCUCUUUAAUACCGCCGUGGACGCGUGUCUAUCGCGUACAGAGAGAUAUACCAAUGCCUUUGGUCAGUUCUGGCGUGGAACAUGGUAAUCUACGUGAAUUGGCAUUAGCUAGAAUGAAAGAUUUAGGUACCGAUUGUCGUGACGUCCGCACAAGAGAAGUAGGAAUACAGGAGAUACAUAAUAAAGUUCAGCCGUACGAAGUCGAAUUAAUACGUCGCGAUUACGUUGCUAACAACGGAUGGGAAACGUUUCUUUCUUACGAAGAUCCAAUGCAAGACAUUUUAAUCGGCUUGCUUCGUCUAAGAAAAUGUUCUCCAGAUACUUUUAGAUCCGAAUUGAAGGAUAAAUGUUCGAUAGUAAGAGAACUCCAUGUUUAUGGUAGUGUAGUACCCGUUCAUGCACGGGAUCCAACCAAAUUUCAACAUCAAGGUUUUGGAAUGCUUCUAAUGGAAGAAGCAGAACGCAUCGCGAAAGAAGAACACAACUCUCGUAAAAUAGCUGUUAUUUCGGGCGUUGGUACAAGAAAUUAUUAUAGAAAAAUGGGUUACGAAUUGGAUGGCCCUUAUAUGUCUAAGAUACUAGUGUGAUUAAAAAGACGUAAUAAUAAUGUAAAUAAUAAAUUCUGUUUUAUCUUUACUAUAA